AUGGUUGGAUUAACUUCUGCAGGCAUAUCAGAAGAAGAACUUAAAAUUUACGCACUUCAAAAGUUAAAUCCUCUUGUUGAUCAAUUCUGGACCGAAAUUUCUGACGCUGUCUCUAAAAUUGAAAUUCUUUAUGAGGAUGAAUAUUUUCCUCAAAGACAAUUGUCUGCUCUUGUGGCAUCUAAAGUUUAUUAUCAUCUCGGAGAAUUUGAUGAUUCUUUGUCAUUUGCAUUAGGAGCAGGAGAGUUAUUUGACGCGUCUUGUAAAUCAGAAUACGUUGAGACUAUUAUAUCUAAAUGUAUAGAUAAGUAUAUUUCUUUACGCGUGAAAAAAUAUGAAGACCAUACUAGCGAUGUCCAAAUCGAUCCACGUUUACAAGAUGUAGUUGAGCGUAUGUUUCAAAGGUGUUAUGAUGACGGUGAAUUUGAACAAGCAAUUGGAAUUGCUUUAGAAGCUCGUCGUUCUGAUAUUAUUGAACAAGCAAUAUCCCGAGGUCCUGCCCCAGAGCUCUUGGCUUAUGUAUUGGAAGUGAGCAUGACAUUAGUACUAAAUUUAGAUUUUAGGAAUGAGGUUUUACGUUUAUUAGUGAAAUUAUACCAAAAUCUUGAGAAUCCGGAUUAUGUUUCUAUCAGUCAAUGUUUUGUUCAUUUAAAUAAUCCCAUCGAAGCAGCUAACUUGUUAAAAGAUCUUGUUACAAAAGGGGAUGAGUAUUACUUGUUAAUGGCGUAUCAAAUCGCUUUCGACCUCGAAGAUAAUGCUACGCAAGAAUUUCUCCAAAAAGUUGUAUCAGAUUUACCAGCCGCCAAUACUAGCAUUCAUGAAAAGCCAGACAUUGAAGCAAUGGAAACUGAUGAUCAGGAAUAUUCUAUAAGUCCAACAGAUGAGAAAUACGUGAAAAUCAGACGUAUACUUUCAGGGGAAGAUGCGCUUGAGUCCCGAAAUUCGGUAUAUCAUUCAGCAGUCACGUUCGCAAAUGCAUUUAUGCACGCCGGAACAACAAGCGACGAGUUUCUUCGACAGAAUUUGGAGUGGCUCUCACGUGCUACAAAUUGGUCCAAAUUUAGUGCAACAGCUGCCUUGGGUGUAAUACACAAGGGGCACCUUUCUCAAGGUCUUUCUUUACUACAUCCUUAUUUGCCCCAAGACGGAGUAAGUGGAAGUUCCUAUUCGGAAGGUGGUUCUUUGUUUGCUCUAGGACUUAUUCACGCAAAUCAUGGUGCUGGUGUACUUGAUUAUUUGAGAAAUGCUUUAAAAAAUACCCCAACCGAAGUUCUCCAACAUGGAGCGUGUUUAGGGCUUGCAGCCGCAGGAAUGGCAACGGGCGAUAAUGGCAUUUAUGAGGAACUUAAGGUGAUUCUUUUUAGCGAUAGUGCUGUUGCAGGGGAAGCUGCUGGUUUGGCUAUGGGACUUGUUAUGCUUGGAACCGCUUCGAAAAAGGCGAUCGAUGAAAUGUUGCAGUACGCUCACGAUACUCAACACGAAAAAAUUAUUAGAGGUUUGGCAAUUGGAAUUUCGCUUAUCAUGUAUGGUAAAGAAGAAGCUGCUGAUGUUUUGGUUGAGCUACUUACUCUAGAUAAAGAUCCAAUUUUACGAUAUGGUGGUAUCUAUACGGUUGCAAUGGCUUACUGCGGCACUGGAAAUAACAAAGCCAUUCGGCGAUUGUUACAUGUUGCUGUAAGUGAUGUCAAUGAUGACGUCCGUCGUGCUGCUGUCACAGCACUUGGAUUCAUUCUAUUUAGAACUCCCAAACAAGUUCCCCGAAUUGUUCAAUUAUUAUCUGAGAGUUAUAACUCUAAUGUAAGAUAUGGUGCCACAUUAGCUUUGGGAAUUUCAUGCGCUGGAACUGGUUUAAUGGAAGCAAUUGAACUCUUGGAGCCAAUGACAAAGGAUCCUGUUGAUUAUGUUCGGCAGGGUGCCUUCAUCUCUUUAGCUAUGAUUUUAAUACAACAAAAUGAUUCUAUCAAUCCUAAGGUAUCACCGACCCGUAAAUUAUAUGAAAAAAUCAUAAAUGAUAAACAUGAAGAUGCAAUGGCAAAAUUUGGAGCGGUUCUUGGCCAAGGCAUUAUUGAUGCAGGUGGUCGUAAUGUAACGAUUUCUCUGCAAUCAAAAUCCGGUCAUUUAAAUAUGCCAGCUAUUGUAGGAACGGCUGUAUUCACACAAUUUUGGUAUUGGUUUCCAUUAACCCAUUUCUUAAGUUUGGCCUUUACUCCUACAGCUAUCAUUGGUUUAAAUAAAGAUUUAAAGAUUCCAAAGUUUGAAUUUAAAUCCAAUGCAAAACCAUCGCUUUUUGCAUAUCCUGCUACUACAAAACCACCAACUACUAGUGUUGUAGAAAAGGUAGCGACUGCCGUACUUUCAACGACUGCGAAAGCGAAGGCAAGGGCCAAAAAAUCCGAAAAGGAUAAAGGAAUAGAUGUGGAUGCAAUGGAUAUGGAUGAAAAAAGGGAAAUUGCAGAAAAUAUCAAAAAGGAGGAAGAAAAGGAGGAUAAGAAAGGCAAAAAGAAAAAAGAAGAAUCAUUCGAGAUCCUUGAAAACAUGGCACGGGUUUUGCCAGAACAGUUGCAAUACAUUACAUUUAAAGACAAAUCACGCUACGUUCCUGUGAAACAAGGUAUUGUUGGCGGGAUUUUAAUGAUGAUAGAUAAUUCACCUGACGAGCCAGAAGAACUAAUUUUACCAAGCGCACCUGUUGCAACCGAAGUUUCUGAAGAAGAAGAAGCUUCGCCUCCAGAACCAUUCGAAUACCCAUUUGAUGAAUAA